GCGUUUUUGUCCAAAGUAGCUCAAGAACUGUACAGAGUUUUGACUACCACCACCAUGAUCAAGGAUGACAUUGAAUACCAUGACGUAUUUACUGGAAAGGACGCCGUCGAUCGACUUGUUCAUAUACUGCGAACCACCGAUCGAAAUCUGGCUUUGCUGAUGGGACGAUCUUUGGACGAUCAAAACUUCUUCAACGACGUCAAUUACGAGCAUAAACUUCGGGAUUCCUCUGAGGAAUUAUACCGUUUUCGUGAUACGGCGGGUGUACCUGUCAGUGCGGAAACUGAAGAAAAGAAAAAUGAUCUCGUGCUGGAGCAUGACAUUGAGCUACCCAAUGGCGUCUUUACUCUUCUGACAGAGUGUUAUUCACCCACC